AUGUCUGUCAGCCGCACAUCGACAUCAUUGCUCAGAAGGGCUCUUCUGGACACCCGAUUCUCGCCGCAAUCUGCCACCGUCCAGUCGCAAGGCAUCCGACCAGCACUCGGAUCAUACAAGAGCAUCCAUAACUCCGCCAGGUUACCUGCCAUCACCGCCUCUGAGACUCGUCGCCGGCCGACUUUGCGCCCUCAUCAUCGCCCUGCUGCCCAAGCCCGGGUGAACGGACCGUUGCCCGUUACGAAGCGGACAAUUUUUAUCCAGACCGAAAACACUCCAAAUCCUGAUGCAUUGAAGUUCAUUCCCAAUCACCGCGUCCUCCCGGAGGACUUCCCAACGUCUUUCCUCGAGUAUCUUUCUCCUCGAUCGACCCUUGCGCCCCCUCAUCCUUCCCCGCUAGCAGCGAACCUGUUCAACGUUGAUGGCGUGACUUCAGUGUUCUACGGUCCGGACUUCAUCACCGUGAGUAAAUCCAGCGAUGCGAACUGGGCGCACAUCAAGCCCGAGGUCUUCAGCCUUAUCACGCAGGCUGUGACAUCCGGAGAGGCGAUUGUCAAUACGGUAGAGAAGACAGGAGAACAUGCGCAGGAGGGCGGCGAGGAGGAAUCUCUCAGCUUCAACGAGGAGGACGACGAGGUUGUUAGCAUGAUCAAGGAACUCCUGGAAACGAGAAUCCGGCCUGCGAUUCAGGAGGACGGUGGUGAUAUUGAGCUCCGGGGCUUCGAGAACGGCAUUGUGAAAUUGAAGCUACGUGGUGCGUGCCGUACUUGCGACUCGAGCACUGUGACGUUGAAGAAUGGCAUUGAGUCGAUGCUGAUGCACUACAUCGAGGAGGUCCAGGGAGUUGAGCAAGUCUUGGAUGAGGAAGAGGAAAUCUCCAUGCAUGAAUUCGCCAAGUUCGAGGAGAAGUUACGUCAGCAGAAGGGCCCUCAGGCUACAGCUUCUACGGGAGGCAAAGGGACCUUGGACACGGCACCGUAG